AUGCCAUUGGAUAGAAAUACAAGCUUAUCAGUUGAGCCGCUUCUAAAAUCAGGAGGGCCGUUUACAGAUGCAGAAUAUACUUCCGAGUUUGGACACAAAGAGCUCAAUGAUGCGAAGAUCCUUGUGAUUGGAGCGGGAGGACUUGGAUGUGAGAUAUUAAAAGAUCUUGCACUCUCAGGAUUUAAAGAUAUUGAGUGCAUAGACAUGGAUACAAUUGAGUUGACAAAUCUCAAUCGACAGUUUUUAUUUCGUGAGAAGGACGUUGGAAAGCCAAAGGCUGUAAUUGCGACAAACUUUGUGCGGGGUGUGGUGCCUGGAAUAAGAAUUGCUGCUCAUUAUGCGAAAAUCCAAGAUUUCGACGCUGACUUCUAUCGACAGUUCACUAUGAUAGUAUGUGGAUUGGACAAUAUCGAAGCCAGGAGGUGGAUAAACAAAACCGUGGUCGACAUCGCUUUGCAACAUGAGCAAUAUAUACCUUUGGUGGAUGGUGGUACUGAAGGGUUCCAGGGAUCUGUCAAGCUUAUAAUACCUACAAUUACCGCAUGCUUUGAGUGUUAUAUGAAACUAGUGCCUAAGCAGACAACAUAUCCACUUUGCACAUUGGCAUCAACACCAAGACUUCCUGAACACUGUAUAGAAUGGGCCCACCAGCUAGAAUGGCCUCGGCUAUAUCCAGAUAUCCCUUUUAAUACUGAUAUUCCGGACCACAUCACAAAGAUGUUCGAGUUGUCAUUAAAAAGAGCACAUCAGUAUGGAAUUGAAGGUGUCACGAAAGCAAAAACACUUGGUGUGGUGAAAAACAUUAUUCCUGCAAUUGCAUCAACCAAUGCAAUUGUUGCCGCUUCCUGCUGCAACGAAGCAUUCAAAUUUAUCACGUCUUGCAACCCGAAUAUGACUGACACCAUGUAUUAUAACGGUGAGAUUGGUGUUGUCUUGGCCAGUGAUAAAUACGAUAGGUUGCCGGAUUGUCCAGUGUGUGGAGGCAAUGUCAAGGAAAUAACACUAGGAGCGGAAAUGAAGAAUAUUGACGCCAAAACGUUUGCAACAAAGUACGUGAAAGCAAAAUUCUCACUACUGCAACCUGAUCUCUUUUUUGAGACACACGACAUCUACAAUUUCAAGAAUCUGAGCAGUGAGGAAAAUACGCAAAACGGCAGUAAGCGGCUAAUUGACAUUGUCCCCUUUGAAUUUAACGAGCAAACCGGAACAAUGCACAGUACUGUUCUUAUUCUGGUGAUCGAUAAGACGUUGAAAAUACCACUGAAACUAAAAGUGAAAAUUGAGGGUGGCAAGCCGUGA